CUCACCAUUAGAACUGCGAGCUGCGAACGGCGGGGCGCGCCGCCUAAAGUUCUAAAUCCCCUUGCGCAAUAGAUAAAUAGGAUUGCACGGAUGGAAAUGAAGAGCCGCAAUUUUGCUGCGAAAAUUCUUCCCUGUCGCUUUUGCUUAAGAAGUAGGAACUUUGCGGCUUCGCGAAGCGACGACGAAAUGGGGGCCCCGCUCCCCCCGGUCGCUUUCAAGAAUCCCGGCUGCGCGUGCCUGCUGCAAAACUUUCACAAAGUGGCCAAAACGAGAGCAAGCUAUCAUGCGCCAUACACACAAAGAGCAAACGAAAAUCACUGGGAGGAGAUUGCAGACAGUACAUUAUGAAGCCGUUGGGUGCUAAAAUCCGAACGGCUGGGGAGGUCUACCGUGCCGGACGCGCGGUCUCGUGUUGUACGUAGCAGCGGCACGCGCCACGUGGUUCCAUCGUGCAGCGCCCGGAG